AUGGUGAGCGUGAGGCACGCGUGGCCGUUGGACUUGGAUCGCCCGGUUCACAGCCCCGAACAUCGCCACGACAAGGGAAAACGCACCGAGGUUCUCGUGGUGGAGGAAGACACUACUGUGGAGGAUAUCGACGUGACUGUUCAUCUUCCCGGUCCCCCGCCUGAGGGAUAUGAGCAACACCAGGAGGGUGGGACGAAGGAGCGUGAGGAUACUGAAUACCCGUUAACGACUUAUACACUCCCUGAUGGAUCCGUGACAGUCGUCUCUGGGCCAAAGCCGACCCAUGCAGGAUCUAGGCACGGCGCUGGCAAUGGAAAGCACUUUGCACCCCCUUCCAAACCCGAGACUACCGGGGUUGAUUCAAGCGCUGGCGAGGCACCUACGUCGAACCCCACUGCGACCAGCUCUGCCGCCGGCGACUCGGGUUCUGGUUCAGGUCCCAGCCUCCUCAGCGGAGGUGGUACCAGUCCGAGCUCCGCGACCCUUUCCGCCGGUUCCUUUGCCUCUCUCGAGAAUCCCGAUCUCGACUAUGCUCCCUCAACCGUGGUAGAUCACACAACGUCAUCUUCAACAGCCGCCGAUUCUCCGGCAACGACAACCACCCCUGCCUCCUCGGUGGUUCCGGCCAACGACUCCCCAGCAUCCACCGCGGCCUCCUCUGCAGCGGCCCCAUCUCACAGCGGGGGUUAUCCAUUCAGCGCCGUCGUCGCCUUUGGGGACAACCUGUCAGAUAACGGGAACGGCAGCUACGCCCACAAUGUCGCAGCUUGGAGUCCGACAAACGUGGUCGACGGGAACACCAUCUACGGCGCCCGCACCUGGACCAGCGGACCCGUCGCCGUCUCCUAUCUCACCGACCUCCUCGGCGUGCCUAUGGAUCAAAACUUCGCUUUCGGGGGUGCUUGGGGAGGGAGCCGUUUCGGCGCAACCAUUGACGAUACGAUGCAGCAGUCCAACUUCAGCGCCAGUCUCGCGGACGGGCCGUGGUUCAAUCCACGGCGAAUUCAGUGA